GUUUCAGGUUGGUAGAGCCUGCUAAAACACAGCAGCUAGGCACAGAAGACAGUCAAACAGAGAGGUCGCACAGCGUAGUUUAAACAAGUACACUAUCCCCGCAAAACUGACAAGUAGCCAGUGGAUGAGAUUCUUUGAGCUCUCUGGGACCAAACCCAGCGUGACAAACACCUGUAGGUUAUUCUCCUAACCACCAUCCCAGUUCUCCGUUCAAUGCCUAACACUGUGGAAAGUGAAGGCGCUAAGGUAUCUGCUAGUACUGGUCAGGAGGCCCCAUCACCGGCCCCGGGCAGAGAGGAUGAGCCUGAGCGCAGCUUCCUGAGCCCGUCGACACGUGAUGCGCUGCGGGCGCGACGGGCAUCCAGUGCCGAGCUCCAGCUUCCAUGGACCUGCCCUGUAACACAUUCCAGGGAGAAGUUCUACACCGUCUGCUCAGACUACGCGCUGCUUAACCGAGCCCGACCCGUCAUCACAUCUGAAGAUGGGCCGGCUGCAAAUCCAGACGGCGGGACGUCAUUAGUCAAGCACAACACUGCUUCAGCCACCCAGAGUCAUUCUGGGGGAAUAAGUGUGUCUUUAGAUGGGAACUGUGACAUGGAGGGUGUGACAUCUAGCAACCAGCCUGUGCUGGCCUGGGAGAUUGACACCUCAGAUUUUGAAGCGGUUUUAAUACGAAAGGCCAGGACAAGUAAUGUAAAGAAAUUAAACUCGAAGAAAAUGAAAUCCUCAGACAGGCCAAUCAGAAACCUCCAAGAUCUGCCACCACAGGCCUCUCUGGAGGAUAUCAAACAGAGAAAAGUCCUCGACCUCCGCAGAUGGUACUGCAUUAGCCGUCCGCAAUAUAAAACUUCAUGUGGAAUCUCUUCACUGGUCUCCUGCUGGAACUUUCUCUACAGUACUUUAGGAGCAGGCAGUCUUCCACCUAUUUCUCAAGAAGAGGCCCUGCAUAUACUCGGCUUCCAGCCUCCAUUUGAAGACAUCAAAUUUGGACCAUUUACAGGCAAUGCCACUUUGAUGCGAUGGUUCAGACAACUCAAUGAUAAUUUUCGUGUCCGAGGAUGCUCAUACAUUCUGUACAAACCUCACGGGAAGCACAAGACAGCAGGAGAGACAGCUGAUGGAGCUCUGAUAAAGCUGACCCAGGGCCUCAAAGAUGAGUCCAUGGCCUACAUUUACCACUGUCAAAAUCACUACUUCUGUCCUGUGGGCUAUGAAGCUACACCAAUAAAAGCAGCCAAAGCAUACAGGGGUCCAUUGCUUCAUAAUGAGAUGGAACACUGGAUUCUCAUUGGUGAACCAAGCAGGAAACACCCUGCAAUCCACUGUAAAAAGUGGGCAGAUAUUGUGACGGAUCUAAACAGUCAGAAUCCAGAAUACUUGGACAUUCGCCAUUUAGAGAGAGGCAUUCAGUAUCGUAAAACCAAGAAGGUAGGGGGCAAUCUUCAUUGCAUCAUGGCCUUCCAAAGAGUAAACUGGCAAAAGUUGGGACCGUGGGCACUGAAUCUUGAAAACCUGAGGCAUGAUCUCCACCAUCAGGCUUCAGAGAACAGAGGCCAAGCAGGACCAGAGGACGGUUCUGAGGAGAGAUCAGCAAAACGUCUGGGCAGGUCCCUCAGCACAGGGAACCAAAAGUCAGACAAUGGUUGGAAGCGUUUGUCCAACACAGCUGAGUACAGGCACAGAGGCUCUCCAGAUAGUGACCCAGAUGAAGACAUAAACGACUAAAUCUUAAAUGUCCAACCCUCCACGGGAGGACACUUAUUGUGUAUUCAGCCAUUUAAAGAAUAUUUACCUUUCCAGGUAGUUAACGAAAAUAAAAGGUAAUAAUUAGAUAUGUAUUAUACAUCGCAGACAAAAUGGGGAGUAGUGGUUAAAGCUUAGGGCUUGUAACCGUAAGGUUGCUGGUUUCUUGUAAGGAAUGAGCUAUCAUCCUUGUGUCCUUGAGCAAAACUUUAAUUCCAGGUUUCUUAACAUGGAUUGUGCUGAUAAUCAAUUAACAUUGGCAUUCUUUUGCAACAUAAUGUAAAGUCUUGGUCAUGUAAUGAUCUUUUGUAUUCUUUCCGAAAUACUACCCAUAAUCCCUCCAAGAUGUUAAGUCACCUCUCUGAUAGGUCAGUGCUGCUUUUUGAAACAUUGUGAAUAAAUGGAUAAAGAAACUAGUGCAAGUAAUUGCACUGUGUGUACCAAGGAUAUGAUGAACAUUUACUUUUCAGAUCAAUAUUUCUUCUGUUAUUUUCUACUUUUUUGAAGUACAGUGUGGACUAUGUUAUAGAUGAAAAAUCUUGAUGUUACUAACACUAAAUAUUAACGGUCAAAGUUAUCAUAGAUCUGAAGAUACUGGAGUGUUUAACAAUGUCACACAACAGGAUGGGGUUAUAUGAAAUAUUUGUUUGCGUGAAAUAACAUAGGAUGGAGCCAUCUGUAAAUAGUACCUUGAAGGAUUACAGUGAUGUUCUUUGUGAAAUGCUGUAAUCUAAGAUUGCAUGAUUGCCUCCAUAUUGUGCAUUGCAAAUUGUGUUCUUUGGUGAUAGUUCACCCAAAAAUGAAAAUUCUGUCAUAAUUUACUAAAGAACCCAAACAAUUAUAUUUUAAAGAAUGAACAUCGGCGGUACCUAUUGACUCGCAUUGGUUUUGUGUCCAUACAAUAGAAGUGAAUGGGUACCGCCAUUGUUCGGGUGCCAACAUUCUUCAAAUUAUCUUUUGUGUUCUGCAAAAUAAAUAGUCAUACAGGUUUGAAAUGACAAGAGGGUAGGUAACUGACAGAAUAUUCAUUUUUGGGUAAAUUAUCCCUUUAACACAGCAACAUCUAAUAUAAUGUUUAAUGUCCAGUCAUCACAAAUCUCAAGUGAAUCUGUUGUGUUGGUAUUUUUUAUUUAUAAAUAAAAUAUUUAUACACAUUCUUA